AUGGAGUUAUUUAAAGAAAAGGAACAAAAUGAAGAAGAAAUAAUUGGAAAUUUUACACCACACAAUUUAGAGACUAAAUUAGUUAAAGCUUUUGACAAGGAAGUAAAAUUUUUAAUAAUUCAAAAUAAAAAGUUAUUAGCUCCAAAACAUUUAACGACUAUCGACGACCAAUCGUUUGAAAAUUUGAAAGAUGCAGACAUUCUUAAUAAAGCUGCAUUAUCAUUAAGAAAAUCAAUAUUGCAGGCUGAAAAGAAGAAAUUACCAAACGACAUAUGUGUACGCGACUUACAGGAAGGAGAAGUAACUGUGACUAAAGAUUUGUCGGAGUUUUAUAAUACUUUGAUCGCCGGUAGUAAUGGCAAACGGAAAAAAAAUCCAAAAUGCAUGCGACAAGUCCAAUCCUUGUGUGAAGACGUCGUUUAUUGUGUAUAUAAUGAGAAAUAUAAAACUUCUAAACACAUUAAGCUCGGAAUGACAUUAAAAAGUUUGACUAGCAGUCGUAAAAUUGUUGAUAUAAUUCACAGAUACGGACAUUCCAUUAUCUAUUCUGGAGUAGAAGAACUGGAAACAGAAACUACUUAUUUUUCAUUAAACAAAUCCAUGCUAUGUCCUAAAGCUAUUAAAAAAAAACCCAAUUUAUCUACUGUGGUUGCUUUUGAUAAUUUUGAUCGAUUUGUUGAGACUAGUAGCGGAAAAGAUACAAUGCACGAUACGGUUGGCAUUAUCUAUCAGAAUAUAGAUCCAAAUACUCAAGAUGAAUCCGAUGUUCAAAGUUUGCCUUCUGUUAGUAACCAGAAAACUUUCAAUUUGAGAAAGAGAAAACGGAGAACAUUUGAGGGAUUAAAUCUGAAAGAAGAACCUUACCCUAAGCAACCGAAGAUGAUUUAUAGUUUAGAUAUUUCUGUUCACGAAGAUGCAAUUAUGCCACCUACAAAUUUACAACUGUAUAGUAAUAUCGAUACAACUUGGAUGUUAAGCCACGCUCUGCAAUUACCAAAUCUUCCAAUGUGGGUUGGAUACAAUUGCUUGAUAAGUUAUCAUCAUAAUACAAAGCAAAUCCUUUCUUAUCUCACUCCUAUAAAUGCAUCACCGACUAACAAAUCAGUUAUUUUGGAAACUAUGAAACAAAGCCAGAGAAUUUGUGAGGAAGUUAAACAAUCUUCUAUUCAGGUUACUUACGAUCUUGCAAUUGCAAGAGUAGCCUUACAGAUUCAAGCUACCGAAGCACCUAAGUUUGACAAUAUAUUUAUACAUUUGGGGCCGUUUCAUAUUAUGAUGUCAUAUUUCAAGACUAUUGGAAAAUUUUUAGUUGACUGCGGCUUAACAAAUAUCAUGGUGCAAAGUAAUUUGCUAGCGUCGGGGUCAGUUGGUGGAUUUUUAGAGGGAAAACACUUCAAUAGAUGUAAAAGGCUGCAUCCAUUGAUGUCAGUGGGCCUUGAAACUUUACAUUUUAGAUCGUUUUUAGAUAUAAAUAUUAUACAAGUUACAGAUACAAUGAUAGAAGAAAUUAAUCGUCUUCAAAAUACUCUAAUAUCAUCGUUUAAUGUCGAAAAUUAA